AUGUCAAGUGGUGGAAAAAUAACAAUUAGACGUUCUGGUAUCGAAUCAGUCGAACGGCAUCGUAAGGAAGCAGGCUCAGCUUGGAAACAUACUCAUGUAAACGGAUCAAGAACUCUCUCAACUGUGAAUGAUGCUCACUCAUAUAUUGACACAUUAUCACCUGCAUGGGAUUUGAAUUCAAGCAUGACUGGUAGAAUUUUCAUUGCUGACAUAAAAGCUCAAUGUCAAGUUGUGGGUUCUGGUGCAAUUGAUCAUGUGCAUGUUGAAUUUAAUGAAGGAACGCAAACAGGAACUGGCAAAUAUAUUUUAGUCGCUAUUCAUGUAGAUAGCUCCAAACGAAUAACAUUGAGCUAUACCUAUCAUGAGGUAAGUGAUAGGUUGAGACCUAACUGGGUGUAUACAGAAUACGCUACUGGUGCUGUAACAGAUUGGUUAAAAUCAAAAGCAGUAGAAAAUCUUCGAGGAAUGGUACCAUCAAGUCAUCGACCAUCUAUAACCUAUGUCUAA